AUCUCAUGUUUCUGUCAAGUCUUACUCUCUUCUAUUAUAGAUUUAUUAAAUUACUAGUAAACUUACAAGACUAGCAUUGUGAGAACAAACAGGCCUUCUUGUUUCUGUCAUGGAACUGUGGAUUCCAUUUCUUGCCAGUUAGGUACAAAUCUUGAAGACGGCAGGACCUUUGACUCAUUCAAAAAACUAAUCUUGUGUCCUGCCUUAAGUAUAUUCAAAUGACUCAUUCAAAAUACAUUGUUGUCUCUUACCCUCAUUACAUUCAAACAAAAUCUUCGAAUCAAUCGACUUCAUUCACUCCUUUCACUGACCUCAGUCUUUCCGAAGAUAUUGAAAUUACCAUAAUCACUGAUUGAUUCAAAGAUAUGCUACUUAGCAAACCCUAUUUCUAGUUAAAUUGAUCACAUUCCCUGUUGAAAUACAUAAUCACAAAGGAAAUUAUCUCUGUUGGACAAUCCGUCUAAUGAGACAGUUUUUGUUCUUCUAUGCUUAUAUUCUUUCUGGAAAAUGACAAAUUUACCGGCAGUUUUGGACCAUUACAUAAUUCUUUUGCAUAUAAAUACUUAAACAUCUUGAAUGUUUGAAUGAAGUUUUUUCACAGUAAGUUUACUAUGGGAAAGAAGCAAAGAGAUUUCCCAUGGCAAAGGGCAAGAGCAGACUUUCCUCACAAUGGCAUCGAUUUUCCUAAUAAAAGACCAACUGGAAGGUUCAGUAAUGGUCUAAACAGUGCUGAUUUACUUGCCAAGCUAAUGGGUUAUAAAAGAAGUCCACCACCUUUUUUCUCUUUGAACAUUGCAUAUGCUGUGAAGAAGAGUAGCUUCAGAGGUAUAAACUUUGCAUCUGGAGGCUCUGGCCUUCUUGAUGUAACUGGACAAACAAUGAGCAACCAAAAGAAUGUUGUCCCAUUGAGUGAGCAGAUACAGCAAUUUUCCAAUGUUCAUGGCAAGCUCAUGGCCACAAUGGGUCCAGCAGGAACUGAAAAUUUUCUCUCAAAGUCUUUAUUCUUCAUCAGUAUUGGUAGCAAUGAUAUUUUUGGCUAUUACCAUUCCAAUAGUACUAUACCAAAGCAAGAGUUCAUAUCCACAUUAGGACUUGCGUAUGAAAAUUACUUGAGGGCUCUACUUAAUCUUGGAGCAAGGAAGUUUGGCAUAAUAAUUGUUCCACCAAUUGGAUGUUGUCCAUCUCAAAGGAUUUAUAAUGCUACUGGAGGUUGUUUGGAGGAGUUGAACGAACACGCGAGGGCUUUCUAUGUGACAAUGGAAACUCUCAUGUACAAACUCAGUACAGAAUAUAAGGACAUAAAGUAUUCACUUGGAAACACGUAUGAAAUGACAAUAAAUGUUAUAGACAACCCUGCUUUAUUCAAUUUUAAGGAGGUGAAAACUGCAUGUCGUGGAGGUGGGAAAUUCAAUGGAGAGUCCUUUUGUGAACCGAAUGCAAAUCUUUGUUCAAAGCGGCAUCAAUACUUGUUCUGGGAUUUAUUCCACCCUACACAGACUGCUUCUAAGUUGGCAGCUGUGACACUCUACAGUAGUGGUGAACAAAGAUUUGUAUCUCCUAUUAACUUCUUUCAGUUAGCCGCGGCAUAACCAGAAAUAGUCCUUAAAAGUUCCUUCCCAAUAUGAUCAAUUGUAUCCUAAUAAGUGUAUUAUUCUAUAUUUGUAUUUCUAUUUAUUACAAGCUUAUGGAAGAAUAAUACACAGAUUUAGAUAACACAAUUCAAUGUAUAACUUGAGCUUGAGUUGCAUUGCUCUAAAC